CAGUGACUGAUGCCAAAAAUUACUUGCAACAAAUAAGGCACUCUUUUCUUCAUCGAAUUUGAGAUGCGCACGUGACCGGUCUCAGAAAUAAAAUCUUGAGCUCCAUCUCAACAUCACAAACUUGAAGAGCUCAGCAAAGCACAACAACCAAAUGAAUGCCACUCCACAUCAUCCCCCGUAGGAUAUUCGCCCACCGAAUAGCAUGCAAAGCACUCUACCGCGCAUGCCUCACCCAAUUCCCCCGCAUCCCUGCCCCAGAUGACGUCUCAUCACAAGGCGCCGUGCCUCUCCUCAAGCACCUAAUCCGCAAGGGCUUCAAGAAGAACAUUCAUGUUACCUCGUCGCGGUUAGCGGUGCAGGAGUUAAAGAGGGGAUAUGCUGCCGAAGAACUCCUUCGCAAUGCUGGGAACGGGAACAAGGUCGCCAUCGCGCAGGUACAUGAAAUCCUGCGUCAAACAGCCCGCUCAAGAGACCUCUCGCGCCUCGCCAGUCCCCGCCGACCACGUUCCGCUCCCACACACAACAGCACCAUCCCGGCUCCUUUCCCAGGCGCGCCAAAAGUGCUCGAUACCCGUCCUCUGCCCAAGGAACAAUUGAGUGGGAGGAGGAAGGUCCCGACUUUGACGGCGGCGAAUUGGCUUCCUUUUCUAAGGUUCAAGAGGCCGCAGAGUCGAUACUUGGGACGCGUGUUGAGGGAUAAGUUGGAGCAGAAGAUUAGGCGGUGGGGGGCGGUUGAGGAGUGUGAUGCGAUGAUGGAGGUUGGUGAGAGUGAGGGGGUUUGGGAGGGGAAGAUUGCGAGGCAGGUUAGGAAGGAGCUGGCGUUGGCUGGAGAAGGCAGGUUGGAGGCUGGGGAGGAGAGGGUUCGAGAGAUGAGGCAGUGGUUGGAGGAUGGUGAAGGGAGGGAAUAUGGGGGGAGUAAGGAGAGGUUUUAUGCGAAAACGGGUGGAGAGGGCGGGAAGGAGAGGAGGAGUAUGUGGGCUGCGGAGGCGGCGCGGCAGAAGUGGGCGCUUUGGGAGAAGGUUAGUAGGGAGAAUAAGUUGAGUUUGGAGAGGGGGAAAAAGAUGCUGGAGAUUGUGGAGAGGGAGAGGGAGUUGUGGCUGCAAGAAAGCAGGAGACAGUGGGGUAUAAGCCGCUUACUUGGGAGGAGGGUCCAGAGAGGAGGUCGAUGCCCAUACCAAAAAUGCAGCAUAAGGACACAAGGCCCAUUCCAGAUUUCAGGACUGGCCAAAGGAAACCCGUUACAGGCCGUAGCUUGGAAUGGACACAGUGGGAACCUAAGAGCGCCGAUACCAAGCCGGAGACAGAAGAGGAUAUCAUGGAGAAGAAGUUGAAAGCCAUGCAACUUUCACAGCGUAAUGCAGAAAAGGCGUAUAAAAACGCCGUACCUACGUUCUAACAAGAACCAAUACUCCACACAAAUCACAAUAAAUCAAUGCACAAAGAGCAUGCUGGAACCACCGCAUUCCAUUCCCCUGUCUCGCGUAAAGACAUCAGAUCCGCUAUAGAAAACCUAUUCGCC